AUAUCCUUCAUAUCUGCACACCAAACACCCGGCUCUGACCCACGCACUCCUCUCUCAUGGGAGUAACAUAGAGACACUCUCCGCUUGCAUUGACUCAUACAGCCACACAACACACACACAGUCGGUGGUCUGCAGCGUUCAGGAUGUCCUCUUCCUCCUCCAGCAUGAUUAGCUGGGGAAGGACGAGGCUCUUAUGCUGAUUGGAGGGGGGCAGAGGAGCCGGAUCUGGACCCAUGUCGUGGAAGAGGAACUACUUUGCGUCAGGCAGCGGCGGCGGCGGCCUGCAGGGGAUGUUCACCCCACGCAACAUGACCUCCAUCGCUCCCAGCAAAGGCCUGAGCAAUGAGCCAGGCCAGAACAGCUGCUUUCUGAACAGCGCGCUACAGGUCCUUUGGCAUCUUGACAUCUUCCGCAGAAGCUUCCGGCAGCUGAACACCCACAAGUGCAUGGAGGACUCGUGCAUCUUCUGCGCUCUGAAGAGCAUCUUCGCUCAGUUCCAGUUCAGCAGCGAGAAGGUGCUCCCAUCGGAUGCUCUGCGCAGCGCUCUGGCCAAAACCUUCCAAGACGAGCAGCGCUUCCAGCUGGGCAUCAUGGACGACGCGGCCGAGUGUUUCGAGAACCUCCUGAUGCGGAUCCACUUCCACAUCUCAGACGAGAGCAAGGAGGACAUCUGUACGGCUAAACACUGCAUCCCACAUCAGAAGUUUGCCAUGACUCUUUUUGAACAGUGUGUUUGUAAUAAUUGUGGAGCAACAUCGGAUCCUCUUCCCUUUAUUCAGAUGGUGCAUUAUAUCUCCACCACCUCUCUCUGUAACCAAGCGGUGCGUAUGCUGGAGUGUAAAGAGAAGCCCACCCCUGAUAUGUUUGGAGAGCUUCUCCGCAACGCCAGCACCAUGGGUGACCUGCGAAACUGUCCGAGUAACUGUGGCGAGAUGUUGCGGAUUCGGCGGGUUUUGAUGAACUGCCCCGAGAUCAUCAGCAUUGGUCUGGUUUGGGAUUCAGAUCACUCUGAUCUGGCUGAAGAUGUCAUUCACAGCCUGGGCACAUGCCUGCGCUUGGGUGAUCUCUUCUACCGCGUGACGGAUGAACGAGCUAAGCAGUCUGAGCUCUAUCUUGUGGGCAUGGUUUGCUACUACGGCAAGCAUUACUCCACCUUCUUCUUCCAGACCAAGAUACGCAAAUGGAUGUACUUUGAUGACGCACAUGUGAAGGAGAUCGGUCCCAAAUGGAAGGACGUGGUGUCGAGAUGUAUAAAAGGCCACUACCAGCCUCUACUAUUGCUGUAUGCUGACCCGCGUGGGACGCCCGUGUCUUCACAGGAUAUGCUGGCAGCACAGCUGGACCUGCACCACAGCAGCAAGGCCGGCUACGACAGCGAAGACUCCGGACGGGAGCCCUCAAUUUCAAGUGACACUCGCACAGACUCUUCCACAGACAGCUACAGCUACAAGCACUCUCGAUCACACCAUGAGUCCAUGGCCUCCCAUUUCUCUUCUGACUCUCAGGGAACUGUGGUGUGUAAUCAGGACAGCAGCGGUUCCCAGAACAGCAUGGACACUGCAGGGGAGGUUCUAGACCAGGCCACUCCCAUUUGCACGCCAAGACCCUCUUCUACUGGCCAUCUGCAGGACUAUAAAGAGACUGUGAACAUGAUCCACAGCAGACCUCUCUCAUCGUCCUCCAGCUCAGGGGUGGGGGGUUCGGAAGCUGGAGCGCGAGCGAGGGACUGGGAGGACGAGAGCACCAGCAGUGAGUCCAAAUCCAGCUCCAGCGGAGGCCGCUAUCGGCCCACUUGGAGACCCAGGAGAGAGGCCCUGAACAUUGACAGCAUCUUCAGCCGGGAAAGACAUCGGCCUGCUGGAUACGCCACGCUUGGACCUUCCCCUCUGCCGGAAGACCCCAUGUCACCAGUGCACGGUGAGCUGGUCUCAGUGGCUGUGGCAGAGGGAUCAAACGGAGCAGCAGGAGAGACGGGGGACGUGACCGAUGGCUCUGGAGGUGCGGUGGAGCCGGGAGUUGAGCAUGUGCCAAACCCACCACCUUUACGAGGUGUAGAACAGCAGCCCCGUCUGAUCCAGAGGAUGGAGAGUGGCUACGAAAGUAGUGAGAGGAACAGCAACAGCCCCAUCAGCAUGGACAUGCCCCUCAGCGACAACCCAAACUCAAGUGCUCACAGGGACUGUGGAAAUAAGAGGCCUGUAACGUCUGGGCCAUCAUGGCGCACUGUGCCCAAGUCCAAAAGCAGCAGUGCCAUCCUGCAGGACCUCAAAUCCCCCACCUGGAGCAGCGCUGCACUGAGUUUGGGGGAAGAGCGCAGUGAGCUGGAUGAAUUGCAGGAGGAAGUUGCUCGCAGGGCCAGGCAACAGGAGCUGCAGAGGAAGAAGGAGAAGGAGAGAGAAGCGGCGCAGGGCUUUAAUCCCAGACCCAGCAAAUUCAUGGACCUGGAUGAACUUCAGCACCAGGGGAAGGGGGGCAGUUUUGAACACUGCCUGGCGGAGGCUGACUCUCUCAUAGAGCAGUCGAUGCGCCUGGAGCAGGCUGGAGACACAGCUACAGCCCUGGCGCUCUCCCACCACGCCGUGUCUAAACUAAGAUUUUCCAUGCAUGAGGGCAGUGCUAACACUCAUAGCAGGACAAUGGCUGCUGACGCCAAGCUGCAAAAAUGCAUGAGGAGAGCGCGGGGCCUUCAGCAGCGCAUGCAGCAACAGCAAGAACAGCCGCAGGACCCCAGCCGCCCACAGGGGCCCAUCAGUGAACAGCCUGGCCCGGUCCAAGUAUUGUUGACAGACAAUCAGGAAGAGGUCUGGGAGACCAAUCCGCAUUCUGUGCUUGGCCCACCCUCUCCUCAACACAUGAAUUCACCCUCCUCUUGUACAAACUCCCCAUCUCAGCUCUCCAGCUGCCCAUCGCUCAAUCCUCAUCCAGGAUCUUCACAACCACAUCCACAAGAGUCUGAAGUAUGCAGUAAUUGGUCAAAGGAGGGGGAAUGGGGUGGCAUCAGAUUAUCAGACGUUCUCCAAGCAUCAGGAAUUCGGGUCAUGCCCAUACGGAAACACCUGGCCAUAUCUCUACCCUCUUUGCCCCUCGACUUCUGGGGUGUGUUGGGAGAGGACGAAGAGCACCCUCAAGCAUCGUUCCCUCAAAAUCCAAAUCCUCCUUUGUGGCAGGACACUGCUGAUAGUCCAGAUAAGGUACGCCAAUCCAACAGGUCUACCAGUCCAACACCUGCUCCUAUUAAGGAAAAGGGGUCAAUGCCCCGACGAGUCCCUAUAUGGCAGCCUCUAUGUUCAUCUUCCCAUCAAUGCAACAAAGUGAGCCCGCCUGUUGCUGCCCGUCAUUGGUCCUCUUGGAGCCUUGACCGUCCUGAUGCUGUCAUCACUCCCUACGACACACCUCCUGAACAGAACCAACGGGCAGAAACUGUCCUCUCCCAACACACAUCUGGAAGACACCUUCCUCCUCGCAGUCCCAUGAGCACCAGGAAGAAGAAUAUCUCUAAGCACUCAAGCUUCCAAAGCAUUGAGCUGGAGCCCACUGAGGCUGAGGACCAGGAGCUCUCUGAACUUGACUCACUCUAUCAGGCCAGUCUCCAGGCUGACCCGGGUCCUGGUCGAGCCUUGCGUGGUACCAGCUCACCUGCUGUUGGGAGAUCAGUACCUCCUGCUGCUCGAAAACUGCUCACUGGAGUCGGACGCUCUCGAACCCCCACGGCUGAACUCGAGAGAACCGCUUAUGGACCACCAGGUUGUUACAGCCCUACUGGAUACAUGCCUCUGUCGGUGGCCCAUCAAGGUCUACAGUCAGAAGAGGACGACCAGUAUGAUGCGGAUCACCUGCGCCGUAUUGCUCGUAGCCUGAGUGGAACCGUCAUUGGGCGACGCCACAACCGUCUUGCUGUCUCCCGAAGCUUUCUGGGGUACUCUGGGGUUUCGUCAUGUCAAAGCUCCAUGUACUCACCUAGUUGCCUUCAGUUUCCAUUGUCUCAUUCAGACCUCCAUCUGCUUCAAUCCAGCUAUCUCCAUCACCAUGCGUCACCUUCACCCUUGUCUCCACAGCCUGGGCCUUGCAGAGAGGUUCCAGGAUGUCUCCAGAGGUUCUCCGAGUUUCUGGCUGUGUCUGACUGGUGUCAAACUCUCUCCAGUGGGGAGCACUACAGUCCAUCACUGAGGGUUCCUGGAGGACGUCCUGAUUAAGGUUCUCAUCUCAACAAAUUGGCUUCUGACACAACCGUGUCCUCGGAUGCAUUUGUUUCCCUGGACAACCUUUCUGCACACCCAAUCCUGAUUCUCUUCACAGUUUCCUGGAGAACUGUCCUAAGAUCUGAUGCCAUCCAAUAUCGCCCUGUGCUCUGUAUUGUUCCUGGGAUGAUGUCCUUCUGUUAUCUUGAUCUAGUCGGUAAAUUUUUCCAUGCAAAAGCCCCUGAAGCUCAAUCCACAGCAUGCUGGAAAGAGACACUAAAACCAACUUUGUUUUUAAGCACUGGGAUGGCGUGAUGCUUUUGUGGUGUGUGUAUGACUAACUUAUGGUCAGACCUGCAGCAUGCAAUGAUAGGAGCGUAGGGUCCCGACUCGGACCUCCCGCGGUGAGCCAUCCAACCCAGAGCACUUAACUUAAUUGACUUCAACAUUCAGUUAACUGCAGAGGAGAAGUAUAUGGUACCUCCAUGCUGCAUUAAAUGGUAAAUGUGUGUUUGUGUGUAUGCGUGUGUGCAUGUGUUGGGUGGUAAAAGGAAGGGGCUUGUUGUAACCCUGCCUUUUGUGUUAUUUAUGCUUCUUGUCCAAAGUUUGGAAUAUUUGCUGUUAUAGUUUUAUUUUUUUUAUUAUUUUGAAAUAUGUCUUGUUUCCUCACAAGACUGAACUAAUUUGAUCAUUAAUAACUAAAAGCGGUUAUAUUGUGAAAUAUUAAUACAAAGCACAAUGUAUUCCUGUAUUGGCAAAUCUGUAUUUUCAGUAGCUGUGUCAUGGUAUUUCUGAAAAUGUUCAGUUUUGUGAAGUUUCACAAAACUAAUUUCGAGAGCAGCACGUGAUAUUAUUGACUGCAGCUGGUCCGUAUCAAUAAUCAUUAGCUAGUCAAUCGGAUUAUUCCAAAUUUAAAAUAAAUAUCCAGCCUAACUUUACUCCUUUUGGAAGACCCCCCAUCCACCCCUUCUCCCUCCUCCACAAUUAUAGGAUCAGGCGACACGGUGGCUCAGUGGCUAGUACUACUACCUCGCAGCAAGAAGUUCGCUGCUUCAAGUCCUAGCUUGGCCAGUCGGCAUUUCUGUGCGGAGUUUACAUGUUCUCCCCGUGUUCGCGUAGGUUUUCUCCCACACUCUAAAAACAUGGGAUAUAAGUGAAUUGAACAAUAGUAACAGUCACAAGCACUUAAUACCAAGCUUCUCUAAGUAAGUAAGCACUUGUGUAGUUGGCGGUCUAUUCUUAUAGAGCUGUCUUUGUUAAUCAAGAUAUAGGCCAAACUAAUUGCGGGAGCACUCGAGAACUACUUGAUCUCAUAGCACUAGUUGAUCUCGUAGCAUUUAUUUUUAAAGGAAAUCUUUUGUAAUAUAAAGGUCUCCAAAAAGUCAAUUAUUUUUGCACCGUUUCUGAAUGAAAUGAUAAUUUUUCAAAUUAAUUAAUACUUAACCUAUUCUCCCCGUGUUCGCUUGGGUUUUCUCCGGGAGCUCCUGUUUCUCCCAAAGUCCAGAGAUAUGCGAUAUAAGUGAAUUGAAUAAACUAAAUUGGCUGUAGUGUACGAUUAUGAAUGUAAGAGUGUAUGGGUGUUUCCCAGCACUGGGUUGCGGCUGGAAUGGCAUCCGCUGCGUAAACAUAUGCUGGAAUAGUUGGUGGUUUAUUCCGCUGUGGCGACCUCUAAAAUAGAGACUAAGCUGAAGGAAAAUAAAUGAAUGAAUAUGUCUUACCUGGCCUUUGAAUGGUAUCAGAGUUUCCACAAACAAAUUAAGUAGCAGUUUUUCAAAAAUGUUUCUUGAGCUACCAAAUCAGCCUAUUAGAAUGAUUUAUGAAUGAUCAUGUGACACUGAAGACUGGAGCAAUGCUGACAAUUCAAGCGUACCAUCAAAGGAAUACAUUGAACUUUAAAAUAUCUUGAAGUAGAUGUAUUAACAGUACAAAAUAUUUCACAAUAUUGCAUUUGUUUUACAUUUUCAAACUAGAAAAAUUAACCAAGGUUUAGGAUAGACAUCAUUUUUAGCCAUAUUGAUUGCAAUUAGAUGAUCAUUACCACAGUUUUACUGCAGAUACCAAGGUACUGUACAACUAUGAUAAGUAUAGUGAAACCAUAAAUAUUUUGUGGUUACCAUAAUUUAACAUUUUUUAGGUAGUUAAACCAUUUUUAGUUUCUUUUAAAACAUUUAAAAACUAUAUUUAUUCCAGACUUUUGACCAGUAUUUUUUUUAACAUACACACACACACACACACUUCAUCCUUCCUCCUCGCCUGUCUCACAGAUGCAAAUCCUCAGCAAAUCAACAUCCUGGAAUUGUCGCCGCUUUGCUUUCCACAACUCUCCUGCAAACGUUUUUUUUUUUCUCUUUCAAUAGCAGGAUGGGUUAUUGUCAUGUAGAUGCUAAGUACUUCAACCUGUACUAAGUGAAUAGAGAUGUUUUGUACGGUGUCAUCUCUCAGCUCUGGUGCUUUUCGUCGGAGCAGGCAUGUAAAUCUGUGGCCCUGGCGUGGAAAGUGGAACGAGACUGUCUCUUCUAACCUUUUUCCUACUUCUUCUUCUCUGAUACGGGCAUUCCCUGUAGCACACAGCUGUUUUGUGUCUCGUGUUACAGGCAAAAGACUGUGUACAUGUUUGACUGAACAUACACUAACAAGCAAAUUUAUUGUUAAUAAAGAAAACUAUGACAUCUUAAGAAACAUACAGAGGAAUGGAGAAACUACGUAAUGACGUUAUGGAAUGUUAAUCAAUUCUAGUGGUAAUAAUUAUUAUCUGCAUUAAGACAAGUAUAGUACACUUCAGAAGUGUAAAGCUGGAGAAAAACUGCUAUUUUAAUUCCAUUGACAGUUCUCCCGUUUAUACAGGGAGAUAUGCCAAGUUAAGCUUCCUUUUUAUUCUUUAUUUGACUUGAUUUGAUUGAUUUUAUUAGAUUUUUUUUUUAAACUUGCAGUGACACUGAAACCACAGCUAUGAGUCUGGCACAUGAUGGAUCUUCAGGCCUGUAAUAAUUGAGGGGUCUCAUCCCAUUCAAUUUUAGAAGAAUAUACAUUAUUUCUAGAUUUUAUUUUAAAGCAAAACGCAGCUGAAGAAUGUUUAGCCCCGAUCGUGUUUAAAUGGAGCUCAUUUGAAGCUUCACUAGCCUGAAAUGGGGUCUUUGAGCAAGGAUUGCUUUCACUUAAAGGGAUAUUUCUCUCAAAUAUGAAAAUGUACUCGCUAUUUGAUUUCCCUCAAGUGGUUCCAAACUUUUUGACUUAUAAGGAUAUUUUGAAGAAUGCUGAAAACCACUUAAAAACAAAUACAAAGUCAAUGAUUACAGGUUUUCUGCUUUCUUCAAAAUGUCUUCUUUUGUGUUCAACAGAAGAAAGAAAGUCAAACAGGUUUGAAACAAGUGAAGAGAGAUGGCAGGAUUGUCAUUUUUGCUUGAACUUUCCCUUUAAAAGGUUUUGUGACAUAUAUAAACAAACACUUAUACCGAUCAACAGAUAUUUUGUAUCACAAUAUAAUAUGAUUAAUGCAGUAUUUUACUUUUCAUCCUAAUCAUAUUGUGCUGUGAUAUGCAUUAUUUUUUUAAUUAAAGUGCUAAAAUGAAAAGUGAUUCUAAGAGAUAUAACUUAAAGAGAUUUAGACCUUGUUUAACUUCGUCUUACCAAAGAUUGGCUCUAACACAAAGAUAUGUUUUUUUUUCUUCUUCUUUGUCAUUUAUUCAUCUUUCCUUUAGUUUAAAAGAUGUUUGAGAAUGUAGCAAAGGUGGCGUAUGAGUAUGCUAUGCAAAAAUGCUCUCUCCUGAACUACCAGCAAAGAGUCAGACUGGGACAAAAUCGAAUAUUUUUUUCUUCUUUUCUUCUUUUCCUAUAUACUGAGGAAGAAAAUGAUUUCCUGCUGAAUUGUUGAAUCUUUACUUAUUAAUGUCUGUACAGUUAACAGCCUUUGAAUGCGAGUUGUAGCCAGAGGAAGGUGGAUUUCUCAAAGAUGAAAUGGCAUUUCAAGGGUUUUCCAUUUCGGGACUCAUUUGUAAAUGCUUGAGGUUGAGUGAACUUGUAUUUUUGCAAUAAAGUUAUUACCAAUGCACUCCAGCGGGGGCGCUGCACAAACGCCUA